UCCAACUUUGUUUCUCUUUCCCGCCACUUUUCAAGGUAAUUCUCAACGCAACGAAAGGAAUAAUUGAAAAAAGUUGAAGAUAUUCAUGUCUAAAAGAAAGUCAAAGGAUGACGCAGAUGUGUCAUCCUCCAAGAAGAGGAAGUCAGCAAGACGGCUUGUUAGUGAUGAGGAAGAAGAAAAUGGUGAUGACAGCAUUAGCGAUAAUAGUGACAUGAAUAACUCACAAAAUCCUGAUUUUCAACCUCAAACAGAUUUAAAGGAAGGAGAAGUUGGGAUUAUAGAAAAAGUUUCGGUAAAGAAUUUCAUGUGUCACAGUCGUCUAGACGUUAGUUUAGGGCCACAUGUUAACUUUGUGGUGGGUCGAAAUGGAAGUGGUAAAAGUGCGGUGGUAACUGCUGUAGUUGUUGGUUUAGGUGGUAAAGCCUCUGUAACCAGUCGUGGUUCUUCUGUCAAAUCUUUUAUUAAAACUGGGAAAAGAAAGGCAGAAAUAGAAGUGAAGUUACGAAACCGAGGAUUGGAUGCCUACAAACCAGAUUUAUACGGGGAUUCCAUCUUGGUACAGCGUAAAUUAUUCGCUGAAGGCGGAAGUCGUUAUGAAUUGAGAUCUAAAGAAGGAAAACUAGUGUCCGAUAAAAGGGAAGAAUUGGCGCAUAUUUUAGAUCAGUUCAAUAUUCAGGUUGAUAAUCCAGUGGCCAUUUUAAAUCAGGAUACGAGUAGAAACUUUCUGAAUUCUAAAAGUCCACAAGAUAAAUACAAGUUUUUUCUAAAAGCCACCCAGUUAGAUCAGAUGAAGAAAGAUUACGCGACAGCCAAUCAACAGAAGACAAUUACUAACGAGAUCAUCGACCGUAAAACAAAGACCUUACCUUAUUUGGAGAAAGAAGUUUUAAAAUGGGAGCAGAAAUUUAAAGCUUUUAAUGCAUUAGACAGAUUAAAAGAUAAAGAAAAGUUGUUAAAGAAAGAGUUAGCCUGGUCGAUUGUAUCUGAGAAAGAAAGGGCUCUUAAAUCGAUUGAGAAAGAAAUCAAAGAUGAAGAGGGAAAAUUACCCAGAAUUCAGCAAAAAACAGCUAAUUCAAAGGUUAAAAUCAAACAGUUAACAGCGAGACAGAAGGAGAUCAAUGAUAAAGUAAUGGCUAUCUCUGAUGAGGUGAAGAAAUUAGAACCGGAUUUACAUACCAAGAAAAAAAACGUCCAGGACAGUAAAGAACAAGUUCGACAAGCACAGAAUGUUUUCCGUAAAUAUGAAGAUGGUUUAAAGAGUGUGAAGCGUGAUCGAGAAUUGGUCAUUAAAAAGAUUGAUGAGAUUAAAUCAUCAUCACAAACUAACUAUGAAGCUGAUCGGUUGGCAAGACAAGCAACAAUUAACGAGUUACAAGAAAGUUUGGAACAUCUCCAGGCGAAGAACAAAUCAACGUCACAUGACAGGGAACAAUAUUUAACUGCAACAAGCAGAUUAAAAAAUGAGGUUUAUACUUUGGGUCAAGAUGAACAACAGUUACGAGGUAGUUUAAAUCAGAGUAAACGCCAGUUAGAUGAACUGAUGGCAUCGAGAAAGGACCGAUUUCAGAGAUUUGGUAGAUAUAUUCCAGCUGUAAUGAACAGGAUUGACGAAUAUCAUAAAAGUGGAAAAUUCCAUCAAAAACCAAGGGGACCCCUUGGUGCAUGUUUUCAACUAACAGAUCAGAAGUGGGCGUUGGCUACGGAGAGUUGUCUAAAAGGUCUGGUGUCAUCCUUCUGUUGUCAUGAUCAUCAUGACGAAAAACUUCUAGAACAAAUCUUUGCAAAGGAAUGUCCAAAUAAACGGCCAUCAAUUAUCACCUGUCAGUUUAGGUCAAAUGUUCAUGAUGUUUCAAGACAUCGAGUGCAGUGUAAUGAUUACCCAUCUUUAUUAGAUAUAAUAAAAACAGAUGAUCCUGUCAUAGCCAACACACUCAUAGAUCAGAGAGGUGUUGAGAAUGUGAUAUUAAUUAGUGAUAACAAGGAAGCCAGACACGUGAUGGAACGUAAAGCACCUAUUAAAUGUAAAGAGGCGUUUACACUGGUUGGGGAUCAGAUUUAUUGCGCACCUACAUUUCGAUAUUAUUCCAACAAUAACGACAAGGCACUGGUUUUAACGUCAAACGUAGAGGAAGGCAUACAGGCGUGUAAAAUGGAGGUACAGAAGUUAGAGACAAGUUAUAAUCAGUUACGUCAGAAACGAACACAGAUUGACACGGAGAUAAAAACCAAUCAACGGGAGGAGAAACAAUGUGAAACACAGCUGAUGAAAAUUAUGGAGGCCAUUAAUAGCACCAAUCAUAAAAUCAAAGAACUGAUGAAUAUUGAAGAUCCUGCUCCAGUUGAUGUUUCUACACUAGAAGAAGAGAUCGAGGGUUAUGAUCAACAGAUUGUAGCACUAGAAGAAAAUCACAGACAAGCUGUUGAAGAUUUCAAAGAGAAGCAGGGGUGUUAUCAACAAGCUGAGACCGAAUAUAAAGAUACACAGAAAAAAAUUAAAACGAGAAUGGAAGAAUCCGAACCUUUACAGAUUGAAAGUAAUAGUGUUAGUGGAGAGAUAACAUCAGCCAAACACAGCAGUAAACGAAACGAAGAAAUCUUAAAAAAUCAGGAAAAAACGAUUGCUGAUUUUCAAAAAAAGAAAGAAAAAUGUGAAGAAGAAUUGGAGGAAUUGGUGCGGAAAGCAACAAGGUUUUGUCCUGAGAAAGUGGAUACCAAUAGAGCGUUUCAGACGUUACAGAGUGAAAUUAUGCAGAUAAAUAAAACCAUUAAAAACGAAGAAAAAUCACGUGGUAAUUAUGAAGAAAUAACCAGAAAAUACAAAGAAACUGGCGACGCAUUCCGUAAAAUAAAAUAUGAAGUCACCCAACUCAGAAAAUUUAACGAGAAUAUGGAGAAAAUAAUGGCAAAUCGUAACAAACAAUAUUCUAAAUUACGUCAAUAUAUUGCGCUACGGGCCAAGUAUUUCUUCAUUAUCUUAUUGAGUAACAGAACAUAUCAGGGAAAGAUGAGCUUCAAUCAUAAAGAGGAAUCGUUAGAAAUCACUGUGAUGCCAGCUAUACAGGGUGGAGAGUCUGCUAAAGAUUUGAAAUCUUUGUCUGGAGGUGAAAGGUCAUUCUCUACUGUCUGUUUUAUAUUAGCAUUAUGGGAUGCAAUGGAAUCACCGUUUAGAUGUCUUGAUGAAUUUGAUGUUUUUAUGGAUAUGGUAAACAGGAGAAUUAGUAUGGAUAUGAUGAUGGUUGUUGCUAAGGAACAAAAAGGGAGACAAUUUAUAUUUUUAACACCACAAGAUAUGAGUCAGCUGGAUAUCACACAGAAUUUCCGUAUUUUCCGGAUGCCCAACCCUGAUCGCGGACAGCAGACGCUGAAUUUUAGUCAGGGAGGUGACACAAAUGAGGAUGAAGAAAACACUUAAAAGAACUUGCAUCAUCUCAAAACUUCAUUUGUUUUAUUUUAACGGGGAAAAUUGUGAUGUUUUCGGAUGCAUGCAAUAUGAAGAAAAUGUGAUAUUAAAUAUAAUUUAUUAGCAAUCCUGUUGUCCAUUGCUCAGUUUUCUGUUUAGAUAGUACUUGACCAUUAGCUUCUGUUGAUGGCACUUGAGCUACAUGACCAAUGGCUACUGUUGAUAGAACUUGAUCUACUUAACCAUUAGCCACUGUUGAUGGCACUUGAGCUACUUAACCAAUGGCUACUCUUGAUAGAACUUGACCAAUGGCUACUUUUAAUAGAACUUGACCAAUGGCUACAGUUGAUAGAACUUAAUUUACUUGACCAUUGGCUACUUUUGAAAGUACUUGGCCAGUGGCUGUUGUUGAUACAACUUGAUCAUUGGAUACUGUUAAUAGAUUGUACCCCUGCGAUGCAUUCCGUCCUAAGAAAAGUUCUUUUCAAUGGGUGCCAGCAAAAAUGAAUCUCAACAGAAAGCUCUCUAGUGGAAUGAACAAGAGUUGAUUUGCUAGGAAAAUGUUGUACUCUUUCGCCUCACUUGUUCUUAUAUAGUCGUAUAUUGCCAUUACCCCAUCAAUCCAUGUUUGAUAAGAAGUUCUUGAGUUAUUGUCCUUGAUCACUUUGUAAAGCCUAUUAGAGUUAUGGCCCUUCAUUAUGUCAUAGAAUCUUGUCAAUUGCUAUUGAUAUUAAACAUUAUAAAUAGUUUGCUUUUUAUUCACUUAACUUAAUUAUAGACCACUUGGACGACCUGCUUUGAGUGUUUGUAUCAUUGCCUGGCAACCUAUUGUAACCAUGGAAAACUAGCUCAAGUACCUUCUCCAGAUUCUAUGCAUCAAUCAUUUAAUUGUGAGGGGGCUAUUUUAUAUGCUAUUUUGAUUGUGUGGGGCGAAUUUAUAUACUAUUGUCACCAUUAUAAGCUUAUAAUAUUAACUAUAUACAUGUAUUAAAAUAUUACCAUUAACAUACAUUCUUCUUAGAAUACUCGUUAAGAGGACUAUGCUCUAAGAUAUUAUAUCAAUGUUAAGGUAACCUAUAAUUAAUUCAGCCAUAGAAAGAUAAUUAUAAGGCCCUGACAGACCGUGGUGACACUAUUUUGACUGUGUGGGACAAUUUUCUACACUAUUUUGAUUGUUUGGAACAAUUUUCUAUUUUAUUUUUUGGGAGCAGCAAGAUUGUUUUUAGUUGAUAAAGCUUUCAUGGAAUGGCGAAAGGUAAAAGUUUGGUUUCAUUGAUUGAUAUAGGUAAUAUAUGUGGCGUAAAUGUUUUGUUAUUGUCAGUUCGUUGUUGAAAUAUUGCAUUGUUUUAUUAUCACGUUAUGCUGCUUUUUAAUCUAGUCUGCUUGUCAUAAUAUGUGGCACUGGUUGAUCACAUCUUUUAUAUUUUACUUUGUUAACCAGUCCUGUAUAAAACAUCAUGGAUAUUAUUAUGCUUUCGUCACUGAUGUUAAUGAGGAUUGAAUGUUUACAUGUGACGAGUAGGAACCAAACCGGACGAAUUUACAAUUCUGAUAAAUUUAAGAGAUCAAAUAUAAGAAAGGCUAUAAAGACCCAGUUAUCCCGUUAUCACUGACUAGUUUCGUUCGUGAGGACCC